GCCGUGGAAUCCAGAGCUCAUCCCAUCUUCUCCUCCGUCUAAAUUCCGAGAAAGCGAUACGCUAAAUUCGAUCCCUUCGCUCUUAAAUUUGCAGUCUCCAAGAAAGCGAAACACUGAAAAUCAACACGAAAAUCGUCAGAUUUUCAACCCAUUUUCAUUUUCAUUUUCCUUUUUUUCUUUUUUCUUUCCCUAAAACUGGAGGAGCCCAGCUGAUUUUUGGGUUCUCCCAGAUCACGACGAGGGCUCCGUCGGAAAUCGCCGUCGGAACCGCCGUGAUUUGGCUUCGUAAACUUUCCGGCGACCUAUUUGGGAUCUUUUUCCCGAGUUAUGCAUAGAUCUGAACCCGCCAUGGCUUGGAACGUCUUUAAGUUCUGUACGGCCUUUCGAGGUCUCGGUUCGAUCAUGAUCCUUUUGGUUCUUGGAGUUGUCGGUGUCACUUAUUACGCCGUCGUUUUGACGAACUACGGCCCCGCUCUCUACGACGGCGGCCUCGAUUCUCUCAUUGCUCUCGCCGUUUUGAUCUCCUUCCAUUGUUUGUUGGUGAUGCUGUUAUGGAGUUACUUCUCUGUUGUUUUGACUGAUCCGGGUUAUGUACCGACCAAUUGGAGGCCUGCUUUUGAUGAAGAACGAGCCGAAGGCGACCCGUUAAAUACAAUGGAGUUUAGUAUUUUGCAUCCCGAGCUAUCGAAUCAACGAAUACGAUAUUGUCGAAAAUGCAAUCACUUGAAACCACCCCGCUGCCAUCACUGUUCUGUUUGUGGGCGUUGCGUAUUGAAGAUGGAUCAUCACUGCGUGUGGGUCGUUAAUUGUGUAGGAGCUUUGAAUUACAAAUACUUCCUUCUGUUUCUGCUGUAUACUUUUUUAGAGACGAGUCUCGUGACUUUGUCGUUGCUACCACACUUCAUCACAUUUUUCAGUGAAGGAGAGAUACCCGGAACCCCUAGUACCCUUGCCACGACCUUUAUCGCCUUUGUCUUGAAUCUGGCAUUCGCGUUGAGUGUUAUGGGGUUCUUGAUCAUGCACAUAUCUUUGGUGGCUGCAAAUACUACAACAAUUGAGGCUUAUGAGAAAAAAACGACUCCUAAAUGGCGAUACGACCUUGGUCGGAGGAGAAACUUUGAACAGGUGUUCGGUAUGGACAAACGCUACUGGUUGAUCCCAGCUUAUUCAGAAGAAGAUUUACGACGAAUGCCAGCACUCCAAGGUCUCGAAUACCCGUCGAAGCCCGAGUUAGAAUCACAAGAAUUCUAGGAAGCCCUCAAGCAAACCCACGUAACUUAGUCGUCGUGCAAGGGAAAUAUGGAGUUCCCAGCCAAACCGAACACGAUCCUCAACCCAAUUCUAGCACAACAACAUUCGUUCUCACACACGAUAGAAAGGGAGAGGGGGAGAGGCAUCGGACAAUGAAGAACAUCGACAGGCAGAACGUGAACAGGUUUUAAGGUAGUCGGGUUAGCUUGAGCUCAAUACUUGUUCUAAAAUAACAUAUUUUCGGGACGGUCGGUCGGAGAACCUCGAGAAUUGGCGAAAAUGGCAAUGUUUCCAAAUGUGCAAGAGGCUUUUCCCUGUAAUCCUUUGUUUCUAUAGUUGUUGAUACCACGGGUGACCGGACAA